AUGCCACCGCGUAAACGCACGCGUAAACGCGCCCCGACGGAGCUAUCAUUUCGAACCGCAAACUGGUCGUGUCCGUUGACAUGUGGUCAGUGUACACAAACGAGGGAUAACGGGCUUAGAUGCAAGAAUAGAGUGUGUUUUGGUUCUCCUCUCUGCUGGAUACAUAACGCCAGGAAAUACGGCGUAAAAAUCAAAGACUCGAUGAUCCCCGGUGCAGGAAAAGGGUUGUUUGCAACAAGAAAGAUACCAAAAGACUCAUGGAUUUGUCCUUACUCCGGCGAAGCAACGACAAUGAACUGCAUACAUCAACGUUACCCAGGGGGCACGACCGCAGCGUACACUGAACAGGUACAGGCAAACCUUGCCUACGAUUGCGCAUGCUCAAGAGGAAUUGGUUCUCUCGCGAACGCUCAAUUCAAUUCCAAUGGUACCGUUUCUGCUCUCAGACACCAUAAUUGUUUUUCGAGGUACCGUCCCGUCGGAGGCGGGGUCCCGGGGGUAUGGCUAAAGUCUACCAGAGUAAUCAAAGAAGGGCAGGAAAUAUUAAAUUGGUACGGUAACGGAGGGUACCUAUUGCAAGACAAUCACUCAACGAGUCGGCGAGCAAAAGUCCCCGAUAGCCGACCGUGCUAA